GCCGCAAGGCCAACAGAUCGACAGCCACGUUCUUAUCAAAACGGUCGGUUUCCAUGGCGACAAUCAGGCAGACCGACUGGAAACGCCAGGCGCGGUUGUUGGUGUGCUCGUUUCCGCAUCGUGCUUCGUCGAAGCCCGCCAGCGAAGGAAGCCGUAGCUUCACCGAGGGUGCGGACGGUGAUUGCCCCUGGCAAAUACGUUGUGGCGCUCGAACAGUUGUGGAUACAUCUACCCUGGAAAGGUACCCAAAUCCUUUACCGCAAAGGCCGCAAUCUUCUAGUCGCGCAAGAAGACGCACAGCCAUAGGCCACGUCGAAGAGCACGGAUAGCCUCAGUGCCCACGACAAGCAUUAUGGGCACGUUGCUGAUGUACCGGGACCUUCCCGGUGGCCCGACUAAGGUCAAGUUCGCGGACGAGAUAUCCCGUCACUGCCUUUGCGUUCAGUGCGGCAUGCUCUCGCUGUCCAUGUUUCAUGACCCCGGCGGCCACAUGUUUUGCGAAGCCUGUCUGCACGAGCAGAGCUUGAAGCAUAAAAGAUGUCGACAUCUACUGCACGUACGAACGAAAGAGGAUCGAUAUUAACGAGAUGUUCGAAGCUCGUGACCUCAUCAUUAUACUCCGCGAACAGUACGUGGACUGUCCGAAUCAACGAAAUUGCAAAAGAAAAGUGCAACUGCAAAAUCUACCAGAUCACUAUGUUUUAUGCAAGCAACGUGUUCAAUGCCCCAGCUGCGACCAAAGCAUCGAGACCAAAACGUGGAUGGAUCACCGCUGCGCCUUCAAUACACAACAGGCUAUAACCGAAGCAGCAGAGAAAUCCAGCGCUUCAGAGAAGACGGUAAAGGAAGAAGGUCAUCAAGAGGAACAGAAAACUCUAGUCUUACGUUCUCACGAUCCCCGCACAUCUAAACCAAGCGCAACCCAGAAAUAUUCUGACAUUGAAAGUGCAGCAAACUCUAAUUAUCCUCCUGAAGAACGUCGGCGUGAAGAGUCGGAUGCCGCGGCUAUUCAACCCCGUCAUCAGGUUAUGUCCGCAGCUGGUGCUGCCUUGGCACCAGUGCAGCACAGCGAAGGAGAAAAUGGCGGCCCUGCCAUGAUGCAGGUAUGCGAAUUUUGCCAGAGAAACGUUAAGCAAAGCAACAUGCCACGUCACCGGGAAAAUUGCGCCAAAGCUCCGAAGCUUUGCGUCUACUGCGAGAAACAGUUUCAACCCGAAGAUAUGUUGUCGCAUAUUCAAGAAUGUCCUGUCAACCCCGACAACGUAACCCCGGAACGCGAAACAAGACGUCUGUUAAAAAUCGUGACAAGCCAGCCAACAUCACACGGGGGUGUUGCAGGAAAACUAUGCGAAACAAGUGAACCACCUUUCCGUGACCAACUUCAAACGCCCAACAGCAGGUGCAAAGCAGCAGCAGCAGCUGCAGCAGCCGUUCCCGACCCCGUAGACCACUCAUCAGCGCAUUCUCCCUUGUAUUUCGACCACGGCACCAAUGUGGGUGGUACACCAACCUGGUUCCAGUACUUGGCCUCAAAAGACUGGCUGAGCGCCUUCGUGGCUAUGGAAGAAUCGUUCAGUACCCAAAGAUUGGAGGAGCACGACAGAUACGCCCGCUUAGCUCCCGCACUGGUUACUUUAAAUCAGUACGCCUGCGUGCAGGAUUUCUUGGCGCAGCCUUCUCCAGUGCAGACGUUCGACUGUCUGUUAGCGGCACUGUUUGUGCGGGUGUACCUGCCACAAAACGCAUGGCCGAGAACGCAGGAAGUGACGUGGAUGCAAGCUCAACAAUACCUUCCUCAUUUCCUGGCAUCCAGGCUGAGUGAAGAGGCCGUAGAUUACCUGCGUGCGUUCCCUGUUUUCCUUGAAGAAAUUGGCUCGCUACCGGUUGAUGAAAACUGGUCGCGUACUACGGAAAGUCAGCCGGGCCCUAAUGAAAAGCCAGUCAUCCUGGAAGAAAGCACAUCCACCACCACUGCUAAAACUCUUCAGGGAGAGAAGAGAGCGGAAACGGAGACAUCGGAGAGAGCUUUACGGGGAGAAGCGGCUGCAUCGGAUGUAUUGGGUAAGAAAUAUUCUGCUCCUCUACAGGAUGAAUCAAGCGCGAAGCCAUGCCACUUACUAGCGGAUUUUGGUCCUUAUCCGAUGAAUACUCUACAUCUAAGUGCCCCAUUUCAGAAAGACACGGAAAAGCUAAGCGUCGACCCAAAAAGCGACGACAGUGCAAGAGGAGAAGACGCUGACUGCACUAUAUACUUGAAUGUUCCUCCGACAGCGCACACGGAGACCUCUCAGCAAAGCCGAAGUCAUUCGCAUCCCAUGGCCAACGCGCACCCAUUGAGCAACAGGGAAUUGUUGUAUUCGGCCAUAGAAGCAUCCUCUAGACAUCGGCGUGGCUUGUUGAGUGCAUCUUCGCCCAGCUCCCUACAACCAAACCCAACCUACAAAAUUCCCCCAUCUGUCAGCUCCAUCAGGGGCAGCAACCAAUGCACAGCUGCAUUACAUGGCAUCAAUAGCACAAUGGGAAUUGUGACCUCGUCGGCCGAUUCGACUGCAUCUGCAGGAAGCAGUGAAUAUACAAGCACCGAGCAGCCACCCAGAAGGACUGAUAGCAUAGAAAGCUCUUUUGGAGGAAAAGCAGGGCGUGGUGUAACAUGCCGAGAAUUUGCUGCUAAGCUCGAAGAAAGGACCAGCAGUGAGUGCGCCACUUUCACGGAGCCUGAACAUUCCGAUGACAGAAGUCUUCAUCAGCUGUGUACGCGUGGUCCUCCCUACAAAUGCAGGUCAGCCACGUAUGUGCCGAAACAAUAUCGUGACACUGAAUUAGGCACUGGUAGUCGUGCGGAGCGUUCGAAACCAUAUCCGGGUAGAGCAAGGCUUGUCUCAACCGAACUGCAGGCACCUGCAUUCGAUGAAAAUAGUUUCACUUUCAUACACAGCCUCGGUAGGGGCUUACUAACAUCGAGAAAUGGAACACGGAGGCCCUGGGAUUGUUCUGGUGUGACCGAUCAAUGUGCAUUUAACGUAGAUGGAGUCAGGAAUCCGAACUUUGAAGAUGCUCAAGAUGUACAGGAGUAAACAUUCGUUGUAAAAAAAAACUGCAUCUUGAAUAUACUUUGCACAAUUCUGGAAACACUUGACAACCGUUCAAGUAAAACUCCAUGGAUGGGCUGCUCAAUUUCAUAAAACGCACAUGUUAAUUCGCUUGCAACAAGAAUCAAGCCACUAACAAAACCACAAAGGUUUCUCAGGAAGCUUCGAAAAUAAGUUUGCCCUGGGUCGAGUACCGAAUAAGGGACCACCGAGUUAUAAGGCUUGUCUAUAUCCACCUACGUAGCUUGCCUGGAGACAAUCAAAUGACCGGGCAACAUCAAUGUGAUCUUCAAGAAAGCCUCCAAAACAGAAAAUAUGCAAAUAAGUGUCUUAAAGAUCAGUAAGAUCGGUUCCAUCAGCUGGCUUCUCAGUAGAGCAAUUGCCUCUGAGGUGUUAGUGCUGCUUGCAAUUCCGCGACGAAAACCAAUCUUUGUGACAUUGAAAACGUCGAAGCGCAGUGUGCGGCAUCCGUCGGUCCUUUUCUCUAGAACGACGGGUCGUCGUUUUCCGUCAAGACGUUGUUUUAAAUGUCCAUACUCACCGUCGCUCCCACCUUAUAGUAAAUAAAAAAAAAUCAUAGAAAUUGUGUAAUCGGGAUACUUCAUGACGCUGCUGCAUUGCUUACGCGAGGUAUUGAGCUGCGCACUGGCAAUGGGAGCGCCGAUGUUUCUGCGCAUAAUUCGUAUAGCCACAACAAGCAAUAUUGUAGAGUGCGCAAACAAGGUUUCGUACAUCGCAAACGAUCCUCCGUGCAAAUGUUCUUGAGGAGAUGACGGUGUUCACAAUGAGAGAAUGUUUCUGUCCAAUUAAAUGAGUUUAGAGGAAUGACUGAAGGAUGAUUAGUUUGUUUGGACGACGAAGGCCUUUGUUUCGAGUAAUCCGCACGAGUUUACUUCCAUGCUACCUGCUACUCAAAAAAUCUGGCAAACGAGAUUGUCCUCCAGCCCACACUACUACGCGGAAUGUUAUCCGCCAUUUUACAUUUACAGUCCAGCUCUAUUUACGUUCAACGAAGAUUUGAAGAGGAUAAAUACUGAGUGCAAUUGCCAAGCCAUCGUGGAAUCAAUGGUCAAAUACUUCACAAGGCAAGCCAAUUGAUGUUGCGGAAAAGGGUUGUUCUUUUUUAAGUUCAGUGCACAUUUAUUUGGUUGCACCUGGGUUAGUUAGUUGCCACUGGCCCUCAGUUAUUUUUUUAUGUUAGCUCAGGCGACAUUCCAAGCCUGAUUGUUUAGUUGCCUGGACGAGGUAUCGAACUUGGUAUCUCAAGUAUCCAAACCCAAAGUUCUACCUUUACUCUAUACCGUGGCUACCACAUAGACCAUAUGAUAGCUAGUCUAUUAGAGUUACGGAGUGGAUGCUGGGCGAAGGGAAGCGUUGGCUGGGAUGGCCGAAACUAGAUGGUGCAAUGAAAUUAGGCAAUUUGCUGAUUCGUGGUGGUGUCAGCUUGCAAAAAAACUGGUUUUAUUGAAGAUUGCCGGGAAAAGCCUUCGAGCUGCAGGCAACAUGUGUAGCCUAAUGGUCAGGAUUAUACGCAGCGCUGGUUGUUCUGCCUUGCCUCACCCGAAAUCACGGGUUGAUAUCUUGCCGGGGAAGUCACCUUCCAGUGGCAAUGGAAAGCAAGAACUCAGUUGCAUGCUUAUAUGCACGUUAGUGGCUGCGAAUUAUCGAUAGGGCGACGCAAAAAAGGCUGCCGCCACAACACCUUGUUAACAGAAAUGGACAGGGUUUGAAAAGAACUAUAGUCGUUGCGAGACACAUUUUUGAUUCUUGCAUCAUUGGAGUGUUCUGCUAAUUCCCGGGAAAAUGUAGUAUUGCUUAUCUAAUUCUAAGGAUUUUUUGGUAAUGAAUUGGAACACAAGUGAAUAACAAAGUAAAAUGAGGGUGGAAAACAAGGUAAUUGCAAUAACAGAAGCUAGAUGUAUAGUACUCGUCUUCGACGUCCUUGUCAGCCUGCUAGAUGAAAUUCAGGCGAAACGUCAACUUUCCUGACGAAAGUUCUUUGAAUGUUAUAGAAACGUGGCAAACGUUCUUUUGAAUGCAAUAAUAUGUGUAGUGGCGUAAACGCUGCAGUCGGACAAUGUUAUGAUCAACCACAAGGCAGUAGGGCCUAUAUGGACAAGGAAAAACGCGAAACAAAAAAUUUUGAUCAAUUUAUUAUAAUGACAAUCUUCGAUAAGAAUUCACGCCGGGACUGUCACCUAAUAUAGACGAGAUUUCCCAAAAAUGGCUCUUCGCGAACGAAAUCGCACGCGGUAUUGUCAGCGGUCUUGAACAAACAUUUAUCGUUAAGAAACAUGUCUAAUAUGAUCCAGCAAAUUUUUAGGAAUUUGAGGCAUAGUAUGAUCAUGAACACAUGAACAUGCAUUGCUUCCCGAGUCUUCUGUGGUUACGCGUUGCAAACUUUGAACAGGAACUCGCUAAAUACUACGAAAUCACAGAGCUUUUCCUACUUCCUGUUCAGAUUGCGCCGCUGAUAUUCGCGCUUUGAAAGAACAGGUCACGAGCACGCAGUGUGCUCAAAGGAAUUACGUCAGCACAACUGUGCGAAGGUAGAAAGCGACCUUGCCAGUGGAAAUGCUCAUAAGUGGUAGGCCGCUUGCGAGUUAUCGCUGUUCACAUAGUUACCUUGCACAUUGCCUUUUCUUGUAGCCACUGAGGCAGGACUGCAAUAAAUAUUUGGGUUACAUUUCAUUUAGGCACGGCUAGAAUAAUUGCAGCACUGCAUUAGUAUUUUCCUGAUGGGUAAACGUUUAGACCAGAUGCCACAUCGGUAAGAAGUCAACAGGAUAAACACAAGAGUAAAAAAAUCCAACGGUAUUAACGAUCGACCCAUUCAAUUCGCAAUUUGAUGCAAGCACUCGGUCUCAUUUGGCCAUUGGUGCAAGGGCGGGGCCAGGCACAACCAUUGCCAACGCUACGAAGGGCCUGUAUUUGUCUUUGCACGUGCCUUCUAGCUAGAGCGUUGUUCUUUUUACAUCGCUACUAAAACCUUAUUGAGGCUGUCGUUAAGUACUCAGCAAUGCCUUGAGCUUAACGGUAAACUCGCAGCUUUUUUGACCGUGAACACUGGAGAGUGGACUGCUCCGUAAAGGCGGUUCACUUGGCCGUGCGAUUGGCGCAUGCUUGUAGUUUGUAGGUUUAGGUAACUCACUCCGUAAUUGCACUCUCGUGUCUUCUGGCAGAACCUGCUGCCCGAUCACAAGUCUACGCGUAUUCGCAUGAGAUUGCUUUAUUUUACAUCGAAGCUCUUGAGCUCUAGCCCCCGUACUCACGCCCUUCAUGCGUUCCCAGGGGGCUACCCGGGCCUGCCUACGUCCAUAUAAAUGGCGUGUGGGUCGAAUGCUUGUGUUGAUCUGGGAGAUAGAGCAAUACCGCGGGCCGAACUGCGGCGGAGGUGAAGCAAGCUUCAAGCACUCCGCCAACUUCCAAACAUAAGUUUAAUAUCUUC